CUUCCAGGAAAUUCCAUUUGGCGGCGCUGAAAAACAGACAAUUCGACAGAAAGGGCCAGGUCAUGGACGCAAUCACUCACACGCAUGCUAACCACACGCACUCCCUCACUCACGAGAAGAGCAAGUGGAAACAUCUCCAACCAGAUUUUGUCCAGUCAGACCAAGCCGCCGGGGGUCAGUGUGUGCCUGGAGAUGGGGUGAGCAAGCCAGCGCCCAGUGGAGUUUUCCUGAGAGGGCUCCAAUGCUGAGGCAGCCAAAAAACAGCAACCAGUGCCCACAGACAAAGAGCCCCGAUCCAGCAGACCGAACCAGGCUCACUCCCUCAAUAACAACUGAAACAAUGAGCCCCCCUGCUUUCCAGAAGCCCCGGAAUACAAUAAAGAGCCAUGAGUCCGGGGACUCCGGCUGUUUGACACGACAGGCCACCGGACGGAUUCCUAAGCCCCUCAACGAUGCUGGUUGAGUAACCUGUCCUCCUUCUUUUGACGCACUCACACUCGCUCUCUCUCUCUCUGUCACCUGGUCAUAGCAGCAUUCUCGACGGGGCCAAUGCCGCUGCCGAGACGUCGAUCCUCCUUCCUGAGCCAGCCCGUUACGGCGGAGCGCCCGGGCAGCACGAACCCCAGGGCCGGCACCGCAGGCAUCACCAUGGCACCGCGGGGUGUCUUCGUGGGCACAGCCCCCACGGGCGGUGCCUCCAGCGUGGGCACUCGCGUUUCCCGGCGUGCGCUGGGCAUCAGCAGCGUGUUCCUACAGGGGUUGAGGAGCACGGCCGCGCCAGUGGUGUCCCGCGGGGCUGGGGGUGGGCACCUCUCUGGGAGCGCUGAGAACCUCAACGGAUGCCUGAUGGAGUACAGGGACAAGGUGCGCGCCCUGGAGCAGCUCAACCAACAGCUGGAGGAGCAGAUCAGACACUGUCUGGAUCGCAAAGCGUCCAGCGCCGGAGCCUGGGGCCCCCUCAAACAAGAGUGGGAGGACGUCUACAGACAGGUCAGCGAGUCCAUCCUUGACAACGCCAGACUAAUGCUGCAGACAGAGAAUGUGCAGGCCAACGCAGAGGACUUCAAGGACAGGUUUGACAACGAGCAGCCGUUCAGGAAGGCAGUGGAGGAGGAGAUAAGUUCUCUGUACAAGGUGAUUGACGAUGCCAACCUGACCAAGGCGGAUCUAGAGAGACAGAUAGAAAGCAUGAGGGCUGAUCUCCAAGACCUGGCUCGCAACCACGAGGAGGACGUCCGAGUGCUCUACAACCAGAUGGCUGGGCGUGAGGUGGAUGAGCCCGAUGCUCCUAUUGAGACCAGCUUGGAUCAGAUACUAGCCUACAUCCGUGCCCACUGGGAAAGAGUCAUCGAGAAGAACCGUACAGAGACCGAUGCCUAUCUGGAAUACAAGCAGGCAGAGAGUUUGGGCAGCAAACUUAGUCGCGAGGAGGAAGAGCUGGAGAGUCUAAAGACAGAGUGCAACGACGCUGGCUGCAAGAUCCAGAGUCUGCAAGCAGAAACCGAGUCCAUCAGAGCACUGAAGCGAGGGCUGGAGAACUCCCUAAAUGAUGCUAAGCACUGGCACGAGAUUGAGCUGCAGAACCUCGGAUCUGUGAUCGGCAAGCUGGAGUCGGAGCUGGGUGACGUCCGUUGCGAUAUCGAACAGCAGCGCCGUGACUAUGAGACGUUGCUGGGCAACAAAAUGCGUCUGGAGCUGGAGAUCGGCACCUACCACGGCAUCUUGGAUGGGGAGGAGAGCCGCUACCAUCCCUCGAUGUGCCCGUGCGCAUCCGAGCCGGAGGGGAAUCCAGCUUCCGUUUCUACCCUUACUGAGACCAACAGCAGCCCAGCAACCGAAGGUUCUAACACAUCUAAUCAGUAGUGGAAAGGCUGUGGACCAUUUGAGGACAUCUUUUACUGUUGGAGCUUAAAUUUGGAUGAACUGGCCUUGGGUUUGGAAUAACAUCAGUGAAUAUGAAGCUAUGUUUUUUCAUCUAGUUCUUACUAAAGAGUUUAAUAAAAUCCAAACGUCUGC